UUCCAACCAAACAUUAUAAAACUGGACGAUUCCUUCUAAGCCAAACCCCGAGAUAGAAAAAACAACAUAAAAGUUCAAUUUAAAACCAUAUGUUUGUCAACAAAGGGCUUGUCAAAAGUAAGGGCUAAUUAGUGAAGCGUAACGUAGUGAAGAAAUGUAAUAUCGAUGUAAUAACGGAAUGGGGUAUGGGGAAAAUUGACGCAUUUAAGGCCGUACUCAACCUAUUUCAAAGCUUAAUUAAGUUUAAUAAAUUAAUAUAAAUUGCAAAUAAAAAUUUAAUUUUGUAACAUUUAAAUGUGCCAGAAGUCCACUACAACUCAUAAAUUACUACUAAACUUUCCAUGAACAUUCUAUUAAGAUUAAGGAACAGGGCAUACUUCUCUCAUACCAAUGAGUGCAUUCCGAUUCGAUUUUAAGCUCCAUAAUAAGGGGCCUCCUUUUUAUGCCGAGUAUGAUAGGCAUGCCCCAUUGCGACACCAUUUAGAAGAAAACUUUUUAACAUGGAAGGAUACCUUUGAUGUUCCCUCCGGGAUUUGAACCCAGACAUGCUAACCGCCUCCAUUAGAUAGGAUAAAUGAAUAAAUUUAACAUAUAUGCUACAUAACGUUUGCUUUUGCCUAUGGGUUGUGAGUACACCACAUUUCCCUGGAGUGAGUGUCUUUUUCAUAGUCUGGCAACAUCAAAGUCGAUUAGUCGAAAAUCGACUUUUAGUCCCUACCAUAUUCCGGCAAAUUUCCAAAAGACCCAGAGCAGUGAGUGCGUUGAAUUGUUGUUUACUAUAAAAAAAAGGAAACCAGGAGUAGUAAGGACAAUGACAGAUGCUUGGGAUGAUAUCAAGGCGUUGAAGAACAAACGAAACAAUUUGCGAGAAAAGUUAGAGAAGCGUAAAAAAGAACGCCAUGGUAUUUUAACGUCUACCGGUUCGCCCUCCACUAAGCAGGAGGAUGCCAAUGAGGAAGAAAUAGAUGGAAAUGCCGCUUUGGUUAGAAAAGGUGAAAGUGAAACCGACACAGCCGUUGAACAGGCCCUAAUGGAGAUUUUAAGUUCUCAGUCGCUGGUGUUGCCCGUAAUAUCCACUCAACUGCUGGAGAAAGUCUCAACGACUACGAAGACUGCAAUAAGUAAGGACAGUGUAAAUUAUGUGCUUAAUAAGCUGGCAAAGCAGGGGGCCAUUUGCAUAAAACGGGUGACCAUAGGCGGGGAAGUUGGUUGUGAGGUUAUUUCUGUUGAAACGAAAGUUCUUUUGGACCUAUACAAAGCAUUUAUUAAUGACAAUUAUGAUCUUACCGAGGAGAUUAAAAGGAAAUAUAAGAUAUUGUUUGAAGAGGAAGGUCUGUUGGAGGACAGUAUUAGCAACGAUAAACCCGAGGACAAUGAUGAAAAUGCCGAUCGUAAAGAUUCUGCAGCUAAUGCAGAUUCAGAUGAUAUUAUGUCGCUGCUGUCUAUGCCCUCCACUCGUGAAAAGCAAAGUAAACAAGUUGGUGAAGAAAUCCUAGAAUUACUAACAAAACCCACUGCCAAGGAACGUUCUGUUGCGGAGAAGUUCAAAUCUCAUGGUGGCGCCCAAGUUAUGGAAUUUUGUCCUCAUGGCACCAAGGUGGAGUGCAUGAAAGCCCAACAGGCCACAGCUGAAUUAGAGGCUAAAAAGCGAAGAGAGCAGAAGCUUCAAAAACAAAAGCUUAAACUUGUUAAGCAAAAACAACCUGUUGAAUGCAAUAACUCUCAGAAUGUUGAGGGUAGCGAAGAAUCUGCCAGUAAGCGCCUCAAACUCAACGAAGCUGGCGAAGCGGUCGAGAUCGAUGAUAACGAGGUAAAAGCUACCGACUCCGGUGCCGAAGAUGGCGAAAUUAUUACUGAAGUCACAAAAGAUGAGGCUGAUGAGGAUGCCACAGAGGAUGAUACAAACGAUGAUAGUUGCAGCGAGACAAGUAAAUGCACAAAGUUGCAUUUCAAAAAAAUUAUUCAAUCACACACCGACGAGUCGUUAGGAGAUUGUAGUUUCUUAAACACCUGCUUUCACAUGGCCACUUGCAAAUAUGUGCACUAUGAGGUGGACACACUGCCCAAUAUUAACACAAAUAAACCAGUAGAUGUGAAGACUAACAGAUGCAUAAAGCGUAGUGUAGAUCCCAAUGUCACAUUAUAUCCACCCCAAUGGAUACAAUGCGAUUUGCGUUAUUUGGAUAUGACAGUUUUGGGAAAAUUUGCUGUUGUCAUGGCCGAUCCACCAUGGGAUAUUCAUAUGGAACUGCCUUAUGGUACAAUGUCUGAUGAUGAGAUGAGACAGCUGGGUGUGCCAGCCUUACAAGAUGAUGGCUUAAUAUUUCUAUGGGUUACCGGACGUGCCAUGGAAUUGGGUCGAGAAUGUCUAAUGCUGUGGGGAUAUGAACGCGUUGACGAACUUAUUUGGGUUAAAACCAAUCAAUUACAACGAAUCAUACGCACAGGACGCACCGGCCAUUGGCUUAAUCAUGGAAAAGAACACUGUUUAGUAGGCAUGAAGGGAAAUCCUAAAAAUCUAAACCGUGGUUUAGAUGGCGAUGUCAUUGUGGCUGAAGUUCGCGCCACUUCUCAUAAACCAGAUGAAAUUUAUGGCAUUAUCGAACGUCUUAGUCCUGGCUCACGCAAAAUUGAAUUAUUUGGCAGGCCGCACAAUGUUCAACCGAAUUGGAUAACUUUGGGCAAUCAAUUGGAUGGCAUACGCUUGGUUGAUCCCGAACUGAUAACACAAUUCCAGAAACGUUAUCCUGAUGGAAAUUGUAUGGCACCAGCUACAACGACUACCACAGUGGUUAAAAAAUAGAAAGUGAAAACGCCGACGAAUAUCAUUUAAUGUCUUUUCUCCUAUAACUUGUACAUUAUAGAACUAAAAUAAAGACGAACAAUUUUUUAAGGACACUACGAAAAGAAAUUUA